AUGCGGGAGUUUCCCAACGCUUCGGCCUAUUGUCAACGACUCAAGACCCUGGCCAAUCAACUCAAGAGUGUGGGGGCUCCGGUGACUGACAACCGCCUCGUUCUUCAACUGGUGGCUGGCCUCACUGAGGCGUACAAGAACGUGGGCACUUAUAUUCGUCAAAGUAAGCCCCUUCCUCCAUUCUCCGAAGCUCGGUCGAGUUUGUGUCUUAAGGAAAAGGCGUUGGCUGAAAUGCAUGAUGACUCGCCGAAGGCUAUGGUGGAUGCUUCCCAACGAGAAUUUGAUGACUCUGCCUCUCUGGAAAAUUUGAGUCAUUCCCACCAUCAUAGGGGCAAAAAUAACCACAAGAAUCGUGGUUCUGGCGGCGGGAAAAAGGCAGGUGGUGGCCGUGGUUCUGGCGGCGGCAGUGGCAGCCGUCGCGUUGGUGGUCGUGGCUCCGGCGACAGGCAGCAGGUCUGA